UGUAAAUAGUUUAUAUAAGAGCAUAUGACUGCUACGGUGCAGGGCACUGGCUAGUGGCGGAGGAAUGAUUAGCAUUUUCCUAACGCAUGGUGUUCUCAGCCAGCCUUCUGGCGUCCUAAAAAUCUCAAAAUAUUUUAAAUAAUUUCUUCUUUCUUCUUUGUACACAUUUUUGUGUACCACCACAGCUGAAGACCUGGAGUCGAAAAUGAACUGGGGGACCUUUUAUGCCGUGAUCAGCGGCGUAAACAGGCACUCUACGGGCAUUGGACGCGUUUGGCUCUCCGUCAUCUUCAUCUUCCGUAUCUUGGUCCUGGUGGUCGCUGCUGAGAGCGUUUGGGGAGAUGAAAAGUCCGGCUUCACCUGCAACACCCAGCAGCCUGGCUGCAACAGCGUCUGUUACGACCAGUUCUUCCCCAUCUCGCACAUCCGCCUGUGGGCGCUCCAGCUCAUCCUGGUCUCCACCCCCGCCCUGCUGGUUGCCAUGCAUGUGGCCCACCGACGCCACAUCGACAAGAAGAUCCUGAAGAGGACGGGCCGCGGCACCCCCAAGGAGCUCGAACACAUCAAGAACCAGAAGUUUCAGAUCAUCGGAGCUCUUUGGUGGACAUACACGAUCAGUAUCAUCUUCCGAAUCAUCUUGGAGGUGGCUUUUCUGUACGUCUUCUACUUGCUUUACCCUGGCUUUAAGAUGGUGCGUUUGGUAAAGUGUGAUUCGUACCCAUGCCCCAACACAGUGGACUGUUUUGUCUCCAGGCCGACUGAAAAGACCAUAUUCACCGUGUUCAUGCUGGCAGUGUCUGGGGUGUGUGUGCUGCUGAACCUGGCUGAGUUGGUAUACCUCAUAGGCAGGGCCUGCAAACGGUGCUUACGAGGCUCUGAAGAAGAGUCCAAAGUAGCUUGGAUAAGUCAACGAUUGUCAACUUAUAGACAGAAUGAAAUCAAUCAGCUGAUAGCAGACCAUUCUCUCAAGUCUAAAUUAAAUGUGACCAAAAAGAGCCCAACUGAGAAGGGUGAAAUGUGUUCUGCUUUCUGAGACUCUGCCUCUCCUGUUCCCGUUUAACUAAUCAACAGUAACCACACACGUCCCUGGAGUAUGUUGCUCUGCAUAAAUGUCACAUAGUCUGUAUAUUUCAUCAUUGUCAGCAGACACAUUUACACUAUUUAUGCAUCACUCAGUCUAUCGCUUAUUAAUUCAUCCGUUUUUUCUUUGUCAUUGGUUAUACUGACACAAGUGUUGCUGUUGGAACUCGUCUAAACUAUUUGGAGCCAGUAGUGAAAGUUAAAGGACCAUAGCAUACCGGUGUUUUAGUCCACUUCCUAAAACACAUUACAUUGUUGUUGAUUUUAGUGCUUUCAUUUGACUAGCCAAGGCGCAGAAACCAUGCUUGUGUGUGUUGAGUGACAAUAAAGUUCAAAAUAUGGAUUUGUUUGAAAAUCCUGCAUAUGUGGUGGCACACUGUUUAGAAAGCACCAGUUGCUGCCACGCAGUUGUAUUUACAAGCUAUGAUGCGUGGGAAGUAUGCCCAUUAAGCACACAUUGAUUUGAAAUAUGAAUAUUUAUUAUUUGGCAUUAUAAAGGUUUUUGUUAGAUAAAACAACUCGAUUCUUGGAUGUCAGUUUAUCUCCAGCACAUGAAUCUACUGCGCAGCAGAUUGGUCACACUCAGCCACAUAUCAGCUGCUUUGUCACGCAACAGUAAUGUAGCUUUGACACAAAAAAGGAAACGGGAAGCUGUCCGGAACGCUCUAAAAC